AUUCAUAUUUUCAAACUGUUCAAUUAAUAUUCUCAUUUUGAUUAACAGCAGAAACUGUCCUCAGUCUAAUUAUACCUCCACAGCACUGAGCUGCAGACAAAACAUGGCAGACAACGGUCAGGGUGUUCCAGGGCUUACGGGCUUGUUGCCAUGACAACAGAGCAGCCCUUCUCCCCCUCUCUCUCUUUAAUGCACACACACACACGGUCACUCGCUCUCUGUCUGUCUCUCUCUGUUGUACACACACACACACACACACACACACACACACACACAUACAGUAUUACAGUGGAAUCCGCCUUGCUUUGAGCUCCGUGCUCUGCUAUUGGAAGCAGGAAAAAUAUAGGAAACACAGCACGGAGCGUAGGGAUACUCCACAUCUCCACAUCUGUUUUGGAUGCUCCAAAUGAGUGUACCUGCAGCAACGGCACAGAAAUCAGACGGCAACAACAGUGAAAUGCAAUCAGCUGCAGUGGCUCCCUCCUUCAUCCCCAGCCAGACGGGGAAGAUACCGGGCAGGAAGAGAGGGAGACCCCCGCUCCGCAAUGUCGCCAAGAUGGAUUUUCCUAAUCGUUACCCUGAAUCGCUCCCACCACUCAAAGUGCCAAAGAAGAGGGGGAGAAAGCCGGGCUUCAAGCUCAAACCCAGGAUGGUGAUGACGCCGUUGGCUAUUUCUCCACCCAGCAGCACCCCUGAACCCGAUAUGAGCUCCAUUCCUCAGGAUGCCGCCACCAUCCCCCACUCUGCCACGCCCCAGGUGCUCACAGUCUGUAUCUACAUCAACAAGCAGGCCAACACGGGCCCCAACCUGGACAGGAAGAAGAUCCAGCAGCUCCCUGAUCACUUUGGACCCGACAGACCCUCCGUGGUGCUGCAGCAGGCCGUCCAAGGCUGCAUCGACAGCGCCUUCCAGCAGAAAACGGUGUUCACCCUCCUCACGCAAGGCUACGGGGGAGAAAAAAUAUCAGCCACAUUUGAUGGGAAGCAGCACCUUCUCAGCCUCCCUGUGGUGAAUAGCAUCGACUAUGUGCUUCGUUUUCUGAAGAAACUCUGUCGCAGCUUGCACUGUGAAAACCUCUUCAGCGAUCAGCCCAUUACCCAGCACAGUGGUGGCUCCUACCAGUCAGAUGCUGAAACAUCUAUGGCCGAGGACUACCACUUAGACCAGUCGGACGGCAAACGCUACUCCGUGGACCCCGGCGACUCUGCUUUCAGCUCCAUAAGCUCGUCCUACUCACCAAAGUCCUCCUACGGGUUUCGUUCAUCACAGCAGUUCUCCAACGGCUCGGCCUCCAUGAGCAUGUGCAGGCAGUCGUCCACCAGCCCAAACACAUUCCCAGAGAGCAACAGGACAGGAGGUUAUAAUGCAUCUCCAGAGUCCCAGGAGUCCAAAGCUCCACCCAAUAAGGACCCAUCCACCUGGUCUGUGGAAGAUGUUGUCUGGUUCAUCAGGGACGCAGACCCCCAGGCUCUCGGCCCCCAUGCAGACGUCUUUAGAAAACAUGAGAUUGACGGAAACGCUUUGUUGCUCCUGAAGAGUGACAUGAUCAUGAAGUACCUCGGACUGAAGCUGGGGCCGGCCUUGAAGCUUUGCUACCACAUCGACAAACUAAAGCAGACUAAGUUCUGAAAACCUUCCACGAUAUAUAUAUAUAUAUCUCCUCCCAAGAAUGAAUCCGAGAGCACGUUUGAGUAGGGUCACGUCUGGGGACUUCAGGUCUUAGGUCCCCAGACAUGAGGUGAGUCUCUUUCUUUUGGGUCCCCUUAAAGAAAGUGAGAGUGAGUGUCACUUCCUUUUCUGCCAUAAACAUAUAAAAGCAAAUAAGCUACUACUUUUAAUACUACUUGUACGAUUAAUUUAACUCCUUUUUGCUCAGAAUGAGGAAGAAACACUACUGUAACUUCCUGUAUGAUGCUACAAGUGAAAGCUACACAAAGCGUUAAAGGUUCAGGCAAUACUGGACAGAUCUGGUCUUUUAUGAAGACGUUUGUAUCCAACAUUUGCAUUUAAACAGGAACGUGUGAAGAAAAUUGGAGUAGAGUAGUUUGGGUAGAGUAGGGUAAGGAAAGGAUCCAACUUAAUGCUGAUAUUAAUGCUGACAUAAUAGGGCUAACAUAAAUGUUAACUUAUCCAGCAUCACCUGCAUUUUAUGUGACAUCAACCUGGCUGUACCUUUUUAAUAUUCAAGUAUGUCUUUCACAGACAACACACUAUAUGAAUGAUGAAGAAGAAGAUUUAGCUAUUUGUUUUUUUUGUUGGUGUUUUUUUUCACCUGCAAUAACGGAUUUUUUCGGCCACUGGGGGGCAGAGGAAACAAAUUAUGGACACAUCACUGUCAUAUCACCUUUUAAGUCGGUUUGGGAACUAGCAGCUAGUCUCUAACUGUGUCUCCCUGCUGUUUGGUGCUGAGCAGGGAGUGUGCAGUGGGUUUUCAUCGCGUUUGUGCUGAGACCAGAUGCACACUGCGGCUAAAAACGAUGCUAAGAGACACUGAACCAAAACGUUGUGGGCUAGACAGCUAAAGAGUGAACCGAAACUCGCUGUUAAGCUCUGGAAAGCUGAGUGGUGCUGCAGAUUCAGGUGAAAAUUCUCUGUAGGUGCUUUCACAGUCUCAUUAUCAUUUGAUACAGUGUUAUUAAAAAAUAUUGAUUCAUAUAUUAUUUAAAGUGUUGAGCAGAGAAACUUAAUGAAAAGAGGGAUGUAAAGCGAAGUGACGCCCCUCACUUCUGGGGACCCUAAAGGAAGUGGGGACCCUACUCUCUGGGAUCCACAGACUUGAGGGCCACAGUUGGAUCCUCUUGGUACAGAUUUUUUUGUUUUUGAAGAUUUCCAUGAUGUCAUUUAGUGAUAAUUACAAAAUCGCCCCAGAUCUUUCUCUCUCUCAUUCUUAAAUGACUCCACUUUUGGCACAGAUUUUGAACUAAAAACUCUCAGAGUGUGGAACGCAUCCACCAUACACAUUUUAACAUAAGUGUAGAAGUGUAAGAAAACAUUUUGUCUCACAAACCUUCAUAUAUAUAUAUAUAUAUAUAUAUAUUAUAUAUAUAUAUAUAUAUAUAUAUAUAUAUCAUCUGACAAGAAAUGUAUAACAGAUAACACUGAAAAUGGUGCAUUAAAUACUACAUUGCCUUUUGAUUGAGAGAUUUAGAAAAUCAUUUUGAUACUAUUUUUUCACAUUACUGUGUAACAAAAAAGUAAUGUUCCCAUUGGAUUUUUCAUUCUUUUUUAUUAUAAUUUUAAUAUUUAAAAAAAAAAAAACAGUAUAACCUAAACAAAACAUAACAUAGAAAGACAGUAGCUCUCUUGUAAGUAUAUAUAAAGAAAAAUGAGAGCAUCGUGAACGUGAUAUAUUUAUGUUUCAAUAUGCAAGAUUGUUACAUGCCAAUUAUCUCCAUAGGCUCUUCAUGUAUACUCAUAAGAACAUUUUUUUUAUUUUGUAUGUUUCUAUGUUUUUAUCAAGCAUCAGUGUUGAUACGGAAGUUGUCAAAACACAUGAAACGCGUAAAUGUUACACUAAGAAAACCCAAACGGCCAUGUAAAUGGGUAUAUAAUAUAGUAUUGCUUUUGUAUACCUCUUUUGGUGUACAGUAUGCAUCCUUUUUUAAUCAAUUAACCUUUGUAAGUGAAUGCUGCUGUAAAGAUAUUACAUGUAAGCCAUGCCUAGUGAGAUCAAGCUAAGGUGUUUUGUUUUAUUUUGAAAAUCACUAUGAAUAAGAGUUUUAGAGAAAGCUGAGUGGAUCAGAACUCUAUGCCGGUGCUAAAGGUUAUCUAUGUAUUUAACUGUUUGCUUUUGUGUUUGUGAGAUGUAAAGGAAAUCUUAUGUGUACACUGUACCGUAUGUGAGUAUUAUUAAAUUAAGAAAUCAAGUAAUCAGA